AAAUCUUGUGGCAAUCUUGGAUUUUGGCGCCAUUUUGAUUUUAACCAGUAUAGGCCUGAGUGAAAGCAAAAAUACUACAACCCUCACUGCUCAGCGGACACUAAAGGGAUUCAAAUACUUUUUUGUCAGUAUACUGGUACACAUAUCUAGUUUCUUAAAGUGGACAAAGGAACUUGGGAAUAUUUCUGUGGCGGGAGUUAUUCCAAUUGGUCACUGGGUCAGGUCGGGUUAGCUUUUUUUUGGAACCUGCCCAGUUAUCUUCAUUUACUUGCCAUGACAAUCAUUUAUAUUUGCAUAAAUCAUUCAUAUCUGAUAUUCAACACUAUAAAUGAAGAGUUUAGCACUCUCUUUUAGAACUUCCAGAGAAUGAUUAGUUUUUUUUAUUUUCAAUAUUUCAGGAAAAAAGUUCAAGAAAUUUUCUGGUGUAAUUGAACAGAAUUUGUAAUGAAAUACAAUUUAUACUUGUUAAAAAAAAUAUUAUGGAAUGUUAAUCUUUCAAAUGAUUCAAAAGAAAGAAACCUAGUUUGCAAAAACGAAGCGCAAAUUAACAUUCCUAUAAGAGAGCACCCUGUACAAAUAAAAUGCGGUAACCCUUCCACUUGUUCCAUGCCAUAAAAGUAGCGUCCCACAAGACACAUUCUACAAAACAAAAACAUCCCGCAUCGUUAGUACCUGAUAACUCAAUGCAGCAAGUGUUUUAGGUAGCAGUGGUGACAAAAACAGCCUGCGUCCUAAUCCAGUUUACAAGCGCAUCUUGUGCCGACAAGAUCACUGCAUUUCAUUUUUCGGGCUGUGUAAAAUGUACAACAAUGUCGUUUGGAAGUCGUGUGAUGCAUUUGUUUCUUUUGGUUGCGUAUUUUAUUGGAGCCGCUUUAGUCAGUGCAAGGUUUCUGCAAUCUCCUUGUCCAGAGGUAUUCACAUACCAAGUUGAUCCACAAACUCGUAACUAUAUAGGUCGCAUAAAUGUGUAUGAUAUUCACCCAGGAGAAGUGGCCCGACUGAGUGUCGAUCUAUCGAUUGGAAUGCAAUUGCCGCCUAAACUAGUUGGAUCCAUUGCGUUGGUCAAAUCGCGCCAAGCAACCAUCGAAGACAUUAUCAACGGUAGACCGGCGCAGUAUCGUGUAUCCUUUCCGUUGCCAAAUCUGUUGCCAACGGUGCUUUCCAUCGCUCUAAAUGAUAAGAUCAUUUGCAGAGGCUACCGAGCUGCGGGACGAGUGCUAACCGCUAUCAAUCUAGAACACACCUUGUACACUCAGCUGCACUCGCAAAAGCUGUCACAGAAGGGCAAAAGUUUGCCUAUCGAAGAAUCAGACAGCGAUCUGAUAACGAGAUUUCAAGAUCAGGCGAUCCCACCACAGUCGGCUUCGAACGUUUUCGUUAGACCGAUGGCCGAACGGACCAGCGUUUCACCACCGCUAUCAACCACAAAAACGAUCUGUGGUCGUCAAUCGGGUACAUUUCUAAAGCAGUACGCCAUAAAUGGUGAACUGGUACAAAAGGGCCAAUUCCCGUGGAAUGUCCCUCUGUUCGACCUCAUUCAGCAACGCAACCCCAAGUACAUGUGCGGCAGCACAAUAAUCACCAAGAAACAUCUCCUAACGGCAGCGCAUUGCGUGUAUGACAUCGACGAUUUUAUGCAGCCGGAAAGACUGCUUGCCAUUCCUGGGAUGUACAACAUUGACAACUUCUUCGAAGAGAACGCACAAUUUGCCUACGUUGGAGCUAUCUUUCCUCACGAUGAAUACGCACACGAAGACGAUUUGAACGAUGCAGAUUUGGCUGUGUUGCUGCUGAAGAAGGAGUUGCUGUUCAACGAUCACGUUGUACCCAUCUGUCUGUGGCAAGGAGAAAACGACCUGCGAAGGAUUAUCGGCCAGGAAGGCUACCUUGCGGGAUGGGGUGUGACUGAAAAUGGCGUUUCCACGGUGCCAACCUAUAUCAGGACCAGCAUUGUGAGCAGGCGCCAGUGCAAUUUAAAUCUGGAACGUGUCUACCCGAGCAAUGCACGGAUACUUUGCGGUGACGGUCAGGGGUCAAGUCCGUGCAAUGGCGACUCCGGCAGUGGACUAGUACUGAAGCGGGGCAAUCAGUAUUACCUGCGAGGAAUUGUCUCAAGAGGAUUGGUCGAUCCUCGGACGCUCAAAUGCGACGUGACAAAGUACGCAGUGUACACCGAUAUAGCGUUGUUUAGAUUUUGGCUGAAAAAUGUGAUAGGUUGAGGUGAUAGUGAUAAGUGUUGAAAAGUAUGCUCAAGAAUACUCAGGUGCUAAGAACAUUCUUCGGUUCAGUGAUAUCAUUGCAUAUAUUUGUGCAAUUGUGUUAUGAGAUAACUAUAAGACUGUUUGAACUUAUAAAGUUUGUCGUAUUGCACAAAGCUCAUUUUGUAAUGGAUUCGUUCUGAAUUCUAAAUAAAUAUGUUCUGUGAAAACGUG